UUUCCGGUUUGGCCCUGGCUGUCACUCUCCACCUUCACUCUCUGUUUGUAGCAGCCUCGCAGGCUGUGGAUGGAGCAGUAAGACACACAGAGAUGUGUUUCUGGUUGUGUUAGCCUCUACGAGAAUGAGCUAAAAUGGAAACCGUGACGAUAGAUGCUCCUGCAGCUGAGGAGGAUGAAUGUUCAGACUCAGACGUGUUCUGUUUGAUGAGAGUCGGGAGACACGCAGACUGGCUUCGUCUGUUCGAAAACACUGAGAUCACCAUAGGACGUGGCGUGGAUGUUACCUACCAACUGGUGUCUCCUAGCUGUCCUCUAAUGAUCUCCAGGCUACACUGUACCUUCAGACAGAGGGAUGAUGGACAGUGGACGGUGACAGACAAGAAGAGUCUGAACGGUGUGUGGGUGAAUGGAAACCGCAUCCCUACAGAAGAAACCCACCAGCUGAGGCUGGGAGACUCCAUACAACUUGGUGUUCCUGUAAUUGGAAACAAAGUGGAGUUUGACUACAUCCUGGUCCAGCGGCCCCUCAAAGACAUUAGACUCUACCUGGCAAAGGGACAAAGAGAGGGUGUUAGAGCAGCUCACGUUCCCAAGAAGUCCAAAAGGAAGCUGACAGGGGAGGAAGUUGAGCCAUCUACCUCAAAGCCUAAGUUGUACCGGUGCUCAUCUUCAGACAAGUCCUUUGCCAAGCCUUGUCCUCUGUCGUCAGUGAAGCCUCAGCAGAGGCUCAGUCACACGCAGCCAGCAGAAACAGGAACCAGCAGACAAGUUCAGGAAGUAGACAGGUCCUUAGAUGGCUCCAGCUCCACCUGUGACCAGGACAACCUACAAAUGUACAGCCAGAACAUCCUGAUGCUGAGGGAGCAGGUGGACGACACAGAGAGGCAGGUCGCCUCUCUGGGUGGGGAGCCUCAGCAGACUGACCCGCUCCGAGAGGAGCAGGUGAAGGGGCUGCAGGGUCAGCUGGAGACGCUCCGAGCCAAGAUGCACCGAAUGGAGACUCUAGAGAAGUCCUUCAGUGAGACUAGGAGACAACUAGAGGCACAGAAAACACAGCAACAAGAGGAGCUCAUGAAAAAGCAGUUGGCAGAGGCAUUACAAGAGCAAAAGAAGGUAAUAGAUGAACUUUCCCAUUCUCGGCAAGGCUUUGAGGAAAUUCUUUUGGCCAAAAACAAAGAACUGGAAGUGACAAAGGAGGAAAAAGAAAAGGCAAGGGCCCAGAAGGAGGAAGUUGUUACACAAGUGACUGAGGUUCUGGAGAAUGAGCUUCAGUGUAUCAUCUGCUCUGAGCUCUUCAUCGAGGCAGUCAUCCUGAACUGCGCACACAGUUUCUGCUGCUUCUGCAUCAAGCAGUGGCGCAAAAAGAAAGACGAGUGUCCAAUCUGCAGACAGGCCAUCCAGUCCCAGACCCGCUGUCUGGCCCUGGACAACUGCAUCGACAGCAUGGUGGAAAACCUGAGCCUGGACAUGAAGAACAGACGGCAGACCCUCGUCUCUGAGAGGAAAGGUGAGAGCAGCUGCCUCGGCUCAGGUGAUCGAGGUGAUCCAUGACGACGACAGCAGCAGCAGCAGCAGUAGCAGUGACAGCGAGAGCAGCAUGGUGUCCAUAGAUAGCAGCCUCAGCUCGGUGGUAUCCGUGGACAGCUUCCCUUUGGACUCCAGUUCGGCCUACAGCGACUACUCGGAUGACAGCGUGGACAUGUAUGAGGAUUAGCUCUUUUGGGCCUUCGGGCGGUAAUGUGAAUCAGACUUUCAGGAGUAGUUGUUUGCAUUUCCCUUAGUUAUCCGUGGGACUUUUAAGGAGGUACGCAAAGUUUGGACUCAUCAGGAGUCUAGUGGCUAGAUUCAACUGAGGUUUGUCUUUUUUCUUUUGUACAAAUAUAAGUUGUCUACAUGUCAUUAUUUUCAAUGAAGGGAAUAAAGUUUCUUCCUAUGCACACUC